AUGUUCGUGCCAAAGGCCGGGUUCUCAUCGGCAGCUCCUUCACGCAAUCCACGAAGGCGUCAACGCACAAGCUCUGAGGAGUCUGUAAAAGCACCAAAUGCGAAAAGACAGCGAUCGACGUUGCGUCAGGGAGGCUCCGAAAUCCCCUCAAAAAGGCUAUCAGAUCCUCAAGACAGACUACCCAACGAGGAGCUGGGCACAACUGAUAUCGGAUUUGCCCCAACUAACACAGACAACACUAGUCUACAGAAGUCAAUACCUAUUAGAGGUCUGAAAUUGACUGAGGCUUCAGCAAAUAAGGCUGAUGAACCUAUCGUGCUUUCAAGGACAGACCUAUACACUGUCUCGCAACUCCCGUCUUUUCCGGAUAAAUUUUGCGCCUCGAAUUCAGAAUUCCGUGGAUAUUUUGGAGCAGAUAACGGCUAUGCCUUGGCCUUGACAGAAUCAUAUGCCAUCAUCUGGCCCUAUCAUGCCUCCGCACCAACAACAAAUCCUUUGGAUGCCUUUACAAUUGCAUUUCCUGAAUCAUGGAGAGACUCGCACGGAACGGUGCCUCUUGGCGUUUUCCUGUCGAAUGCAACUGGCGAAAUGCCUGGUCUACUGGUCGUUCAGCCAAUCACAGGAAGAAUUACUUACUGGGAAACAAUUUUGAAUGCUGGAUCUCUCGGGUUACCAAGACAGAAAGAAUCUGGGCAUCAUGGUUGCAUAGCUGGCUUACUUUCCGGUGAACAUGCUACAGAUAUCAUAAAUUGCGAACCCUCCGGUGUCGUUAUCACGUUAUCUUCAGGGCGGGUUGUGCACCUCACUCUCCGAGAUUCUCAAGCCAGGCCAGCCCUGAUGGCCUAUUUCCUUCGAAGUCCCAAUACGAAUGGUGGGAUUUUGGGCGGCAUAAAAAGCGUGUUCGGUGGUGGUUGCUGGAGGAAAGAUGUUGCUGCUGUCAAGGCUGCCCAGUCGCAUCAAAGAGGACAGCGAGAUAUCAUCAUCGCUACGUCAACCGGGGUAUUUGAGGUUUGGGACACUCACUGGAGCAACGGCAGCAUGUUAAAGAGACACUUCGAUAUCAGACGAGAACUGUGCAGUUCUCUUGGGCGGGAGUUUGCAGACGGCGCAAGCGAUUUUGACCUCAAAAUUUUGGACUUCUCUGUCAUGACCUGCGACAACAACUUGCGAGACUCCCAGGACGCCGGAGCAGAAACAUGGCGCCUUUGUUUGAUUGUAGCGCCCUCGAGAGAGGCCAUCCACGAAGGUUUCUCUGUUGUGCAAGUCAUACUCUCCGAAGAGAUGCGCGUGGUGUCGACUAGUACGAUAGGCUUGAACCUGAGUGAGACAUCAGUUCACGAUUCACAUCUGAAGACCAAAGUAUUCAUCCCGAAAACUGGCCAUACAGGCUUUGUCGUGAUCGGCCAGUCGGUGAUCUUACUCUCCUUACCGUCCUUUGAUAACUCGCCCACCCAGCAACUCUUGAUGGAUUCUGACCGGAUUCCCCCACCGUUCCUUGACCAGAUCCUCUUUAGGAGCGGAGAUGAUUACAAGAUACUCGCCAGCGGCUUUGAAAAUCCACCACAGUUGGAUCCAGGCCCUACAUGCUUGAUCAUGGUUCGAAAUUUUGGCAUUAUUCGCAUCACAAUAACAUCCAGACAAGAGAAUGAGGAUGGCAUUGAUGACGCACAUGUCACUGCCAAGACCAAGCUUGAACAAGCUGUAUUUUAUGGCACAAAGCUUGGUAAUCCGUUGAAUCUGAGUGACAAAGGUGGACUUGACUUUCCUCUCAACGAGAUUGAGCAGGCUGCGCUGGACAUAUGCAAAGAGCUGCUGCGUUCCACUUCCUCUUAUAUUCCAACCACAUCAGUUACUCUUGACCAGAACUUAAGAUUACGAUCAAAGGCUCUUGAAGAUCUUGCAGCCUUGUUGCUUCGACAUCAUAAAAAUCUACGUCGCCAAACGCGAUAUGAGUUGCUCUGGAGUGCCGAGAAACUCGCUGCUCAAAAGGCCUUGUGGAAGGUCGAAGAUGUCUCUAGAAGGGCCAAAGGUCAAGGACACACAUUUCUGGCUCACGUGAUUCGAUCAAUGAAUGAGAAGUUCAAAACAAAAACAAAAUCUCAAACUGGGGACGCCGAUGAAGUGCGCGAUUGGUUUCUUUAUGACACAUUCCGGAUGGAACAUAUUGUCCCGUGGAUUUUCAAAGCCAUUAAACCACAGCGGAGUCACUCAGCAAACAAUUGCCGAAUAAUGACUGAAGAGAUAGUAGAAGCCAGUGAGUUGUCCUUGGCUGUUCUAGAAACAGCCUUUCAUUAUCGAGAUGGGCAUGCUCGUCAGUACGGGCUUGUUAUUGAUUGUAUUGAGGAUGGUGUGUCGACGGCCGAUUACGGUGGUCUUCCGGAGUUCUGGACAUCCGAAGGAAUCAUCUAUAUUGAAACAGGACAUCUUCUGGAUCUGGAGCUAGAAACAUGCAGAGCUUGGAUACAGCAAACCACGCCCUCCUUGGAGCUGCCAGAACAUCAAGCUUUGAGAAGAAUCGCGGAAAACAGCGCCCGGCAACUUCGUGUGCUCAGUCUGGUGCACUGUGAACGAGUCCGAUGGCUCUCUGUCCAAGAUGAUCCUAAAUUGGUCGAUGAAAGUAUUGCAAUUGAGCAAGCACAUAUCCAACAGCGCAGGUGGCAGCUCUUCAAAUUGGCAGGCAUUGGACAAUUAGAACAUGCAAUAACUUUGGCCGAAAACUUCCGGGACAUGAGUGCAUUGGUGGAACUUAUUAUUGAGCUCCAAGAUCAGACAUUGGAUUCAGAGGAUGCUGCAGAAUCGACAAAUCGCGAGUCGGAGCAGCUCAGCAAGAGAAUAUCUACUUACUUUGAGAGAUUUGGUGAAUCCUGGGCGGAUGCCUUCUUUUCCCGCCAAAUUUCGAUGGGCCAGUCAGGUACCUUGUUUACGAUGAGGAAAUUUCAGCCUUUCAUAACUCGCUUCUUGCACAAGUACCCAACAUAUGCACGAUUGUGUUGGAUCAAUGAUGCAAUUGGUGAGAAUAAUUACGAGGUGGCAGGUCGAUCAUUGGAGUCACUGGCAGUCGAGCAUGAGUCCGAUAUCUGGAGCCACCGCGUUGAAUUAUCUUUAUCAAAGCUUACUAAAUUGGCAGCCUUGGAAGGGGAUGAUGGAGCGAACAAGUCUAUCCUCAACAAGGAAAUACGACGUUUAGAGGAUUUGGCCGAAAUAGACGCCGUUCAGGAAGUCAUUUAUUCAUAUGUCAUGCCAGCAUUGCAAGGUGCGAUUGAUCAGAAGGCUGAGAUAGAAUUAGCCAUGGAUCAAUUCGGAAAACUUGUGGUCGACAUGCCUUCGCUUCGUGAAGUACUCUGCCAUGCGCUCACGAAAGUGAUAAACCGGCACAUCCUCACCUUCGAUGAGAUGGUCAAUGUAUUGACAUUGAUGGACGGGUGUCAGGUUCCAGACGACAUCCUGAGUGAGUUCAGCAGCAAGGAGUUCUACCUGGCUUUAAGGGUCAUCCGUCUCGCUUCUUCACAGGGCGAUCCGCUUUAUCAAGUCCCGUUUCAAAAACUUGUGUGGCGGCGUUGCAUGAUUCGAGAUGAUUGGCAAAUUAUGAGAGAAGCUGAGGGCGGUGUAAGGGAUGAACUGGAGGAUCCCAUUUAUAACACCGCCCUUUUCCGAACACUCUCUUUGUGUACGAAGGACCGACAUUUUGCAGGCACGAACCCCCCUUCAAUCUACAUACCAUCUUCACCCUCGGACGUCUUGCUCAGCGAGUCGGAGGUCGAAGUUAUCCUAUCACGAUUUCCGUUGGAGCGGCGCAGUAGAAUCAAUCGCGACUUGAGCAGAGAGAACGAGGUAUUGCAUAAGCAAAUCACGAAGGGACAACUUGACUUCUGGUUCAGAAGACUUGUUGCAUCUGCCGAGGAGACUGCUGUAUCCACCGAUGCUGUGGACAAUCUCAACGCCCGAGCAAGCGACACUUUUGAAGGUGAACGAAUUGACCAAAAGCCACUAGCUACGAGGUUGCAGUUGACGUGGCUCUAG